AUGCCAAGAACAACUCCCUUUACAUGCAGCAAGUUUCUAGGAAAUUUUUUUGUUAUUUUUGUAUUCUUGGUAUUAUCAUUCAUUUAUUCAAGUGUCCUAAAGGUCUUUGGCCCUUAUUAUAAAGGUAUCCUACAUAUAGAGAGAUCUACUUUUCCAAUAUUAGCAAUUUUUCAUUUCACAACAUUUAUGUUUAUUUGAUCUUUUUUCAAAACAAUGCUCACAGAUCCUGGAAUAGUUCCUCCUUUAUGGGGGUUUUAUAUGGGAGAUUCUGAAACAAAAAGACGGCGAUAUUGCUUAAUGUGCCAUGUAUUUAAACCUGAUCGAUGCCACCAUUGCUCAGCUUGUAAUAGAUGCGUGCUCAAUAUGGACCAUCACUGCCCAUGAAUCAACAACUGUGUAGGCUUUUUCAACAGAAAAUAUUUCAUCUUGCUGCUUAUUUAUGCCCUACUAACAUUGUAUGUAGUUGCAAUUUCGAUGUUCCAACCGAUUUAUGAAAAAGUAAGAACAAUUAUUGAAAAGCGAGACAUCCACGCAUAUUCCGAAGGCUUCAUAAUAGCUGCAUACACAUUAGACUGCUUAUUAACGAUGAUUUUAACAAUGUUUUUCAAAUUUCACUUGAAAUUAGUGUUUUCGAAUGGGACUACUAUAGAAACGAUGGACAAAAAUGCUAUAGGAAAAGGAGCAUCUUAUAAUAAAGGUGUGAAACGAAACUUUGAACAGGUCUUCGGAAGAAAUCCUUGGCUUUGGCUUUUACCCAUAACUGGUGAGUCUGGAAAACCCAUUGGAGAUGGCGUCGUUUGGGUUGAAAGCUACCAGAAUCUUGAAGAAGAAGCUCCUGGAAACGAAGCUGAGCAGCAAAGAUUUUCUCCUACGCUUAACGAUAAUAAAAUUCCACAAGAUGAAGCAAAAGGGGUUGCUGCAAAAGUCUUAAUGAGCCCGCCACUUAGAAAAAUUAAUGAUUCAUUGGAAGAAGAUUCAAGAGCAAGAGAAUUAAACAAAUAUGCCCGGCCUACUGUAAAAAGAAUUCAAAGCAUACCAAAAGAGAUGAGUACUGGGGCAGAUUCUUAUCCGUCGUCAAGUAGAAUGGAAGUUGUAAAUGCAGGCCAAAAAAUAGAUAGCGGAAGACCAAUUGGCAAACAAUUUCAUGAAACUAUGAGCAGUCCUGAGAUCUAA